GAUUGGCUCAGAAGGCCUGUCAGUAUCCCGCAGGGCGGAUGCGCCCUGUCGGUCUGCGAUACUUCUCCUUUUUUUUUUUUUUUUGACGUGCGUGGGCAGCCUAGCAACGUCGCCUCUCCCGUCGUGCUUUGCGGCGCCGGCGUCGUCACCGCUCCCCACCGUGCUCCAGGGCGCGUACGCUCAAGGCAGGGAGGGCGGCGCAAGAUGGCGGCGGCGCAAGGCAGGGGCCCAGGCUCCGAGGCGGCCGGGCCGGGCGGAGUGAACGUGUUCGCCAACGACGGCUCCUUCCUAGAGCUCUUCAAGCGGCGCAUGGAAGAGGCCGCCGCCGCGGGAGGGAGGAGCGGACCGGGAGCGGGGAAAGCGGGGGCCGAAAAGCAGAGAGAGACCGAGUCUCGGCCGGAGCCGCCCGGGGAACAGGAGCCGCCGGAAAAGAAGCGGAGCGGGAGCGCCCUCAGCUUCGUAAGGGAUCCGGGCCCUGACACCCCCUCCUCCCCUGUCCCUUGGCUUACUCCUCUUCGCUUUCUGCCUCCGCCCUCCCCAGACCCCAAAGGACCGAGGCGCUGGCUGGCGCCUUCUGCCUGCCAGUUUUCAUCUCCUUUCCUGACAUGGUCGCGUGUGUCCUUAAUAGGUGCUUGGCAGGCAGAAGUUCAACGGGUGAAGCACUUCCUCACCCCUGUAAAAUGUGCUCUCUUCCCCUCCCCCCAGUAUUUCUGUUACGGUAGCGGAAUAAUGUUACUAGGAGCACGGUUAAAUUCUCUUCUUCCUCCGAGCUCUCGACAAAGGUUUUCAAAGCUCACUUUAAUUCACGUUAUAAAUUUAGUGCUGACCCCCCUCGCCCCGGUAAUAUAUAGCAUAGGAGUAUGCAGCAAGCAAUUUUUUAAAAUAUCUGUUGACAGUGGUUGCAUACUAUAGUCGACAUCUGUCAUUGCUGUGCAAGUUAAUGUUUUACUGGGUUUGUUCAUAUUGAUUUUAAGUAGGCAGUUCUAGAAUAAGUGCUGUCCCCAAUAAAUGUUGGGAGGCUAUUUUUACUUAACUAGUCCUGAUCUCAGUCUAUAAAGUAAACAUCAAAAUCCCUUUUAUUCUCUGACCAUAAACAUAUUUGCUCAAAAACUCAUUAAUUUCAGUGUGCCUUAUUUCCAAGUGGGUGAACUUUAAGUUCCAAGCUUUCCUUUUGGGGUUCUUAAUAAUCCUGCCCCAUGACGGAACUACCUGCUGCUGUGCAUUUCUAAAAAUCAAAGCCAUUCAGUAGCCACAGCCAAAAUACUCCAACAAAAUUAUGACAAUUUUUUUUUUUUAACCCUACUGAAUCUUAACUUGGGACAGAUAAAAGUGCAAGGUGCAAAAUAAAUAAUUGGAGAAACAUUCUCUUUUCUGCCUCCUUCUGAGAAACUUAAAGUGUCAAUCCUGAUGUGUGGAAUAUAGAUUCAAAUUGGAAGUAGGAGAUCUAGAAGGCCAUCCUGUGAACUGCAAGUAAAAUACCACCACAUAAUGCUUUGAUUUAGCUAUGUUUUGGAGAACCCCCUGAUAGAGACUGAUACGGGCCUUAUAUGAAAACAAAGGAACUGAGGUGUAUUAAGAUAAACUAGGCCUUUUUUCUUAAAGCAAACCAGGAGUUUUCCCUGCUUUAAACAGCUGUUGCAAGUAAAUGGGUUUUUUGUCUAGCAUAUGGAAGAUACUAUCAUUCUUACAACAGAAUGAAAUCCGUUCAACAUCCGUAUUGGUGUGAUAAUUCUGAAAUAAGCUGCUAUUUGGUUCGCAGCUGGAUAGAGAAGAAUGCAAAUGUGACUGUAUUCUCUAUUGGUUUAGCAUUAAUAACAUAGCCUGUUAUAGAAAAGGGGAGGCUACUCAGAAUGGAAUAACAACACGGUGCUCUGUGUUUACUAAAAAAUAAGCUGUUGAGUUCAGUGGGAAUUAAUACCAGGUUAUUGUGUAUGGAAUUGCAGGCUAAGAGUAACAAAAUUAGUAUUUUUUCCCUUUCAGUCUUAUGAAAGAGUCUCUAGACAGAGGAUUAUUGAAGAUGGAGCAUACGUUUGGGCAUAUGGCAUUAGUGGUGCUAUGAAUAGGAAGAGCAUAGGGGGCAUGUACUGCAGGAAUUUCAGGAUGUGAGCAGGGUUCUGAUAGUGGACAUUGAAACCCUGCUCUUGUUCCUUAGUUUUCAGCGGAAGGACCCCAUCUGUUUUCAAGCUUGUUUUUUUCAAAAUGAAAGCUGAAAUUUCAUAUCUUAAGCCUCGAGCUGCUCUUAGAAAUCCAUUUUUUGUUUUAUGGAGAUUAUACAGAUUUAUAGAAUGACAGUAGCACACACAGCCCCUCCCUAGACAGGAAUAAGACUGACUCUGCCAACUUGAUUGUCCUUGUAAUUAUUAGGAAAUCAAACAGUUUCAUGUAUGUUGUGAUGUUUUAGGGGAAUGUGAGUGGAAGUUCAGUGUUGAUCCUAUUUUCUAAUGGACAUUGAGCCUGGAAAGCAUUCAGAAUACUUCAUUUUCUUAUAAAAUGUGUCUUUUAAUGUUUGGGCUAAUCUGUACAGAUGUAUUGGUGAACACUGCUAAGGUGCCCUUUUACCCUCCUAGCACAACGGUGUAGGUAACGCUCGGCAGCUCUGUACUGACUGACAGGUGUGAUGGCGAGCUAAGAUGAUCUAAUUGAAGGACUCCCUAUACCGUUAUAUAGUGGGCAACAUUCCCCUUGCAGCUCCCAGGCUCGUAUAACGGUUGCAGUCUUCUGUCCCUUCACCCAGGUGGGCAAGCGGAGAGGGGGCAGCAAGCUAGCCCUGAAGACAGGAGUGGUAGCCAAGAAACUAAAGACAGAGGAUGAGGUAAGUUAGCAUGAACCUCAUUUAUGUCAGCUUGACAGCCCAUGGGGCAGCAAUGCUUUUGCUUCCAUUUCAGCAGGAAUGGAAGUUGAAGCUAAUAUUCUUCUCCCUCAUGCUAUCUAAGUUUGGCACUGAUGUUGACCUUCCAUCUUUAGGGAAAUGGCCAUCUUUGGAGUGCGAGAAAAUUUGUAGGAGAACUGAAGAAUGAUUUUUGGCCUCUGCUAGAAUCUCAGGGGCAGGUUGCUUUAAUUUGUGUAUGUGAGGGGAGGGAGAGAGAAAGAGACAACCCACAGAAAGAAUAUGAACUCUGCAAUAACGGCAGUAGCAUCCCUUCAAUGAAAAACUGCUAUAUAGGUCUACAGGAGCAGCAGAAGAGUACUUUAUUUCUUGUUCCUGCUUCAGUUGUGAUAAUAGCAAUGAAGCUGGAAGCUUGUGUUCUUCCUUAGUAGGAAAGGUGCUUGUCAAGUGAACUGAAGAACUGAUAUUUCCUAGUUAAGUGUUACGCUUCCCUGUCUAUUUCAUUCUUGUAAAGAGGGUUGUUUCAAAUGCUGCAUUUACAGAGUUCCUCUUGCAUAAUAGGACUCCCAUCCUUCUCGCAUUCACCUUCAAAAUCUGCUGCAGAGGGUCCUUGUGAGGACUGGAAAGGAGAAGAUGGGAACGUCUGUUACAGCAGCACUGACUAUGACCCAGUUCUUUUAAUUCCAAUGAGAUAAUGGCAAAUCAAGUAGCUGGGGUUAUCCUCCUUUUGUCUUCACAAUAUUAUGUGGUAGGUUAGACUAAAGAGAUGUUGACUACCCCAGUGUCAUACUGUGAGGUUUAUAGCUGAGCAAGAAUUUGAACCUGGGGCUUCCUAGUACAACCCACAGAUUACUAGUUAGAUGGUUAGGUUUAUGCCAUUGUUUUUUGAGCGUUAAUGUUUUCUGUAUAUGGUAUGCUUCUGAAUAAAAUAAUUUGAGAUAUGUAACAUGUCAUUUUUGCCUCUCCUGUUUUGUUUGUAGGUUUUGACAAGUAAAGGUGAUGCGUGGGCCAAAUAUAUGGCUGAAGUGAAAAAAUACAAAGCCCACCAGUGCAGUGAUGAUGAUAAAACCCGACCUUUGGUGAAAUAACUCUCAUCUCCAGCUUGGACUUUCUCUGAUGUACAUAAUUAUUUAAAACGUCAAAGGAGAGUAGCUCUGCCCCACAGACUGACUGCUGCCACGGCAGCAGGUGACUUGCCAUGCUUUUAUAUCUGGGAAUUUAGAGCCUCCUUCAUUGGUUCAUUUAUUGUUAUCUUCUUUCUUCUGAGAACUAAGAACUUUGACUUAGUUGCAGGAUUUUUUAAUUUGUAAUCCCCAAAAUAGUGGAAUUGGUCUGAUAUGUCUUUCCCUGAAUCACCAGGCAACAUACCAUGCCCACAAAAUCUUUAGCAUUAAACCUUUGCUUAACACUUCCAGUACUCCUCAAGUUUCCACAAUGGGAUAAGCUAAAUGGAUCCGUUUUGCCAAAUGCGUUAUCUGUUUCUGUUGAAGAUGAACUUAACAUGUGGUCACAAUUUCCAAAUCCGCAUUGCAGACAACAGUAAUUCCAGAACACUUUAAUGAAAAGGUGACCAGUGCUGAGUUCCUUGGUAUGCUUAGUAUCUGACAAUUCUGUGGGUGCAUUUCUGCUUCUGUUUUUUCCUCUCCAUUUCACUGUACAAUACAGUGCGUUAUGUGGUUUUAUUCUGAAUUCCAGUUGCUGCUGAUUAAGCUCAUUCCUUGCCUUCUGCUAUGCAUGCUCCAAUUUAGCACUGCGGAUUAUGUUGUGCCUAUCUGCUAGCUAAGAAGGUAGAAACUUGGUCUGCACUUAAACCCAAUAUUAGGAGAAAAAUUGGCUAAAAUUACAACAAACGUGCUCUGGGACAAAUGGAAUUUCCAGAUAUCAUGAUUCUAGCCUUUGACUAGCCCCUCUGUUCCAGUCCUGGGCUUUGUGGCCCGAGUUCUUUGAGAAAGGCUGUUUGUCUAGCAGUUGUUUGCUGUGUGCAUGGGAGCCUAUGUUUCUCUUUUUUUAUUCUCCAUUUAGACUCCUUAUACUUUCAGUGAAGUAGUGUACUAAAGCUGAAACUCAGAUAGUUUCUGCAGUGAUGUGAGUUCUGUCACUGAGAGUAACUGGGGAUGACAACUUCAUAGAAAGGCCUCGGGUACAUUCUUAGCAGUUGGAAUGUCAAGAAAUGAGAAUACAAACAAGACCUUUUCUAGGAUAAUUUAUAGCCCCCAAUUUUUGUGUUGAGGGUGCAGUUGGGCUUAUGUUUGAAUCUUACUCUAUUUGUGCCAUUUCCUUUUCAUGGAACAGGCGCUUUGUGUCAGAGAACAGAUAUGAAAUACCCAACUUCUGCUCAAUGCAAAACAUACUUGCAGAAGAUUUUUAAGCUGAAGGAAAACCAGCUGAAGUUUUAUAUUCUCAUCUAGGAGAGGCCUAAAGGGUGUGUGUUAUGUUAUUGAACAGCCUUUAGGCCAAAUGUUUUAUAUAUAAAUGCCCUCUCUGCGGAAAAGGUCACUGCUUUCUACCAAUCAGAAUACUCAAUGACAGUUGUGUAGGACAUGGGAAGUGGAGGAAAUACUGGAUUGAAUCCUGUCUGCAACCCCCAAAUCUGCUUUGGAUGUUUGGGGGAAAUCCCAAAGCAGAUUUUGGAAGGGAGGUAGAGGCAGGAAAGGGAGUGGAAGUUCCAUGGUGUGAGCAGAAGUCAUUCUGCUAAUUCAAUGAUUCUGUUGGGUACAACUCAACACUCUUGUUUAAUUAGUUAUGUACACUUGCUGGAAUCUCAGCCGACUUGAGUCCUGUUCAGACCUUUAUUCAGCAGAAGAUCUAGAAGGGGUGUGUACAUCUAUAUGUGUGUAGGCUCUUCAGUGUGAUUAGGAAACCUAAUCAUGUGGCAGAAGCUUUCAUACAUAUGACCGUAUGCAUGUCAAACACUAUUUCAGACCUGAAUAGGUAGAGAUUGGGGAAAGGGCUGGAAGACAUCACCACUUGCUGUAUUCAGUUUGAGGUAGUGUCUGAAAGGGGCUCGGGGUGGUCAUAUAUGAGACUUUACUGUUUAAAGCCUGAAGCAACUUGGAAGGGUUAAAUAUUUCACUGGUAUCUGGUUACACACCUGUUAUAAAGUGGUGGCAGUUUGCUUCCUUGUUCUACACUAGAGCAGACUCCUUUAUUGCUUUUGACCUCCACAACCUGGCUUAGAGCACUGAUAAUCAUUCUUACAACUAGCUUUUUAAAAUAAAAUUCUGUUGUGGAUAUUGAUUCGCUAGCUUUGUCUUGUUUCCUUUCUAUUUCUUUUUUAUGAUAAAAGGUAUUUUUACUUAUACAGGUAGUGACCAUUUUGCGUGUGGUCAGUUGAAAAGUGACGGCCAGCAGAUGGGUUGUUUUGGACCCAGUGGAGGGUGGAAUGGGGACAGGGUGGGCUUAUGCGCACUUCUCUGAAGAGUGCAAAUGCCAAGAACGCAACCCCUGCGCAAAUUGGGAGUUGCCUGUAUAACCUAUGGCUGGGUAAGUACCUUUCAGAGGUAAUCAUGCUACUCUGUUGCAGCAAAAACAGUAAAUAUGUGGCACCUUGAAGACUUAACAAAUAUAUUAGUGGUAUGUGCAUUUGUGGACUAAAGUACUUGAUCAUAUGCAAGAAGUGUUAUCUCAUCUUUUUAAUUUUAUACACAGACAUUGGUAGUGGGUUUAGGAUAUAAAAUGCAAGAGACGUUAAAAAUUAUAUUAAAACUUAAUAUAUGUAAAAUCAUUAGUGACUCAUCACUGCUUUGAGAAUAUUCACUAAUGAUUUUAUGUAUUUAAGUUUUAACAUAGGAGGAAAUUCUAAAAGGCACAAACUAGACUAACUACACUGCUAAUAGUUCUCCCUCUCCUAUCACAUGUAUGUGGAAUCCAAUGUGAUGUAGUGGUUGAGAGUGCUGGACCUGGGGCUUGGAAGAUGAACAUUCAAGUCCCCAUUUGACCAUGAAGCUCAUUGGAUGACCAUGGGCCAAUCACUUUCUUUCAGCUUAAUGGGCUACAAGGAUAAAAUGGGGGAAAGGCAAACAAUGUACACUCCUUAAACUCUUCACAGUAAGUACAGGAUAUAAACAUAUUUUUUAGCUUAGGAUAACUUUAUGCAUCUGGUGAAGGUGUAAUUGCACUUUGCUAGGGAAUAUUUCCAGAGGGCAAGAGUCAUAGACUGUUCAUUCACUAUUCUGGAAAAUAUGUGGUUAAAGAAUAAUAGCAGGGGUAUGAAAACAUAGCUUCACAUUCAUUGCAGUUACAACAGUUGCUUAAUAUAUUCAUCUUUAUUUCUAGGUGUUGCUGCUUGUUCUUUUCAAAACACAAUGAUAGAUAACCCAUACAGUAUAUUUUUGUUCACUGUGAAAUUUAUUUGAAAGUAUCAUUUCUGUUAGAUGUUGUUCUGACCUGGUUAUAUUGCCCCAGCCAGAGCUUUGAUCACUUACCUCUUUUCAGUUGCUUGAGGCCCUAUACCCAAUUGCCAGCAGAACAACUUUGUUUCCACUCCAGCCAGUCUUCAGAUGUGCAUUAGACAUCCCUUUGAUUGAUGCUAGUGUGUGUAUCAGGCCAAAUGGAACUCAGGAUGCUCACUCCACAGUGAACCAUCUUUACAUAUGAAGCUGCCUUAUACAGUCAGGCUAGUAGCAUGUCUUGUUCAGUACUGUCUGACUGAUGGUGGCUCCUCACAGCUUUGGGCAGAGGUCUUCACCAGUACUUGAUACUUUUCAUUAGUGUAGUGGUGCUGCCCCAGGAGGAUUUUGGGGCAGGAAUCUUGGGGCCUAUUCAGCAGGAGAGCACCCAAAUGUAGUACAGCUGGCUUGCCACAUUUUAAAAUAGGUAAGUAAUGUGUUUUACCAUCUAAAGAGUGGAGCCCCCAUAGGACCAUUAAGUUCAGAAUCUAAAAUUACUUAACUGUACCACUGGAUGCGGGUGGCACUGUGGUCUAAACCACAGAGCCUAGGCCCUGCCAAUCAGAAGGUCGGCGGUUCGAAUCCCCACGACGGGAUGAGCUCCCGUUGCUCGGUCCCAGCUCCUGCCAACCUAGCAGUUCGAAAGCAUGUCAAAGUGCAAGUAGAUAAAUAGGUACUGCUCCAAUGAGAAGGUAAAUGGCGUUUCCGUGCGCUGCUCUGGUUUGCCAGAAGCGGCUUACGUCAUGCUGGCCACAUGACCCGGAAGCUGUCUGCGGACAAAUGCCAGCUCCCUCGGCCAGUAAAGCGAGAUGAGCGCCACAACCCCAAAGUCAUUUGCGACUGGACUUUACGGUGAGGGGUCCCUUUACCUUUACCAUUGAAUUAGAGAUGGCUCUCCACCUUUGGGGAGACAAUAUGAGUUUUUUAAAAUGUCAUCCCUGCCAUUAUUAUUUUUUCUACUUCUACAUUCCUCUCUCCCCUGCUAUUUGGUGCAAGCAUGUGUUGAAAGUAUUGCAAAGGUAAACAUGAAACUUGUAGCAAACCAGCUACAAAUCAGGCCCUGAUGUGACUGCUGGAGAAGCAGCCUUCAGGAACAUAGUUUGAAUCUACUGCUCUACUCCAUUUCCCAUCUCUUGUCAUCCCUUUAAGACAACAACUACACUGCUCCUUAUUAGUUGUUGCUGUUCCUUCAAGGCAAGAAAGCUCUCAAGGGAACUGGGCUGCAGCUGCUUCUCUGCUCACCACCCUUGGGAUCCUGCUAUUGAAAAGUGGUUUGUGAUGUAGCUUAGAAAGCAGCUGCUGCUAUUCCUUUCCUGGGACAAUAAGGAAAGAGGAAGGGCCCAAGUCUCAGCAUGGACCUUGCAACUCUAAAAUUAUGCCUGAUCCAAAAUGGACUAACCACCAAGUCCAUCUUUUGCAAAAGACAAAAGGUAGUACAGAAAAGAAACACUGAUGAUUGACCAGUAGAAGAAUUCUCCUUGUCAAGUGCUGCUGACAUUCAUUUUAGCUGGAAAGAGUGAUGGAAGAAAAGGGAUAUGAGCAGUCCGCUUUGCCCAAAUACUUAUUUCUACAAGGGAUUAUAUGCAAUCUAUUUUAUUUCCAUUUGAAUGCAACACACAUCAGUUUUACUUUCAAGUGCUAGAUCCUUGUUAAGGACAAUGCAUAAUCAGAAAAGCACUUUCACGCCUCUCCACUUGCAAGGCAAUAAACAGCAUGACUAAGGGAAGCCUUUCCAAACAGUGGGCUUGCUGCAUGGCAUUAAUCGCUAGCAGUUUCUUAUGGGACAAGAGUCUUCAUUUUGUGUAAGGCAAACAGAGUAAACAUUGGGCAAACAAACAGUUUCUUUACCCUUUACAAUAGUGCACUUGAAUGCCUUAACCUACCAUCUGUAGAGGAAGCUUUUGUACUUCAUCACUAACUUACUAAAAAGCUGUUAUUUAACAAAUAACUCUUCUGUCUCCUUCACCUUAAAAGCAUCUUAAAAUCUUUACAAGCAGAAGAGAGGAAGUGAAAAGUAUGUAUCGUUCACUCCUAGUUGAAACAUGAACCUUUAAACAGAAGCACUCUGACUCCAACUACAGAAAUCAAGCUCAAGUCCCCGCCAAGGUCACUGCUCCAAAUUGCCCCCACAAAGAACUGAGACAAACCCCUUAGACUUGUUUUGUGCAUUGUAGCACAAGUGCUACUGGGUAAGAUUUCAAUAGUGGCCAAGCUUUAAAGACGCCUGUUUCCCACCUGGUUAAAAGAAGCAUUUGUGGGGUAAUGGAGAAAUGCUUUAAAAAAACCCAACACUUCUCAAAACUCCAGAUUCUGCCACAAACCAACCAGAGUUGAUGUGACAAUGCUAAAACUCCUUUUCUGGAUUUGACAUUACAAGAUCUUUGCAACCAGUGUCAGCUUUAAACAACUCUCUCUUUUAGGUCAAAGCGUUGCAGUCCCCUCCCAUGUAACACCCCAGACCUGUACUUGAUAACUCAGUGGGGAUUUAAACAGGUACGUGGGUAAGAAUAGUCCUAAGGAACAAUCUUGAUCUUCUU